AUGGCAACAAAUAAUCAAAUAAAUAAUAAUAGUAGUAAUAAUAAUAAUAAUAAUAAUAAUAAUAAUUCAUUAUUUGAUAAAGAUUCAUCAUUAUCAUUUGGAAAUGAUAAUUUUAUAUAUAAUAGUAAUCAAAAAUUAACAAUUCAACAACAAAGAAUUUCAUUACCAAUUUAUCAAAAUCGUAAACAUAUAUUAUAUUUAUUAGAGAAAUAUAGUACAUUAGUAAUUAUUGGUAAUACAGGAUGUGGUAAAUCAACACAAAUUCCACAAUAUCUAUUUGAAAGUGGUUGGUCAGAUGGAUUUAGAACUAUUUUAUGUACACAACCAAGAAGAGUUGCAGCCAUAUCAUUAGCAGAAAGGGUUGCACAAGAAAUGGGUGAACAACAUGUUGGUAAAACCGUUGGAUAUAGUGUUAGAUUCGAUGAAAAGAUAUCAGAUAUCGAAACUAGAAUCAAAUAUGUCACUGAUGGUAUGUUAAUUAGAGAAAUGAUGUUAGAUCCAUUACUUUUAAAAUAUUCUGUAAUUAUGAUUGAUGAAGCGCAUGAACGUUCAUUACAAACUGAUCUUUUAAUGGGAUUAUUAAAAAAAGUUCAAAAAAAAAGAAAUUCAACAAAUAAUAACAAUAAUAAUGAUAAUAGUUUAAAAUUAAUAAUUUCAUCAGCAACUUUAAAUGCAAAUGAUUUUUUCAACUUUUUUAAUUAUAAUCAAACUAAUGAUAAAUCAAAAGAUACUUCAACAAUUCUUUCAAUUGAAGGUAGAACUUAUCCAGUAGAUAUACACUAUCUUGAAGAAUCAACUUCAAAUUAUAUUCAAACAACCAUACAAACUAUAAUUGAUAUUCAUACAACUCAACCACCUGGUGAUAUUUUAGUAUUUUUAACAGGUCAAGAAGAAAUUGAAAAACUAAUUCAAACAUUGGAUGAUAAAUUUGAAAUUUUAAGACAAUAUCAUCAACAACACCACCAUCAACAACAACAACCAUUUAUGAAAUAUUCAUUAUUACCAAUGUAUUCUGGAUUAUCAAUUAAUAAACAAAUUAAAGUUUUUGAAUCGGUUGGUGAUAGUAAAAAGAUUAGAAAGAUUAUAAUUUCAACUAAUAUUGCAGAGACAUCAAUUACAAUCGAUGGUGUAGUUUAUGUGGUUGAUUGUGGUUUUGUUAAAAUUAAAUCAUAUGAUUCAGAGAGUGGUUUGGAAUCAUUGGUGAUUGUACCAACAUCGAAAUCAUCGGCGAAUCAAAGAGCUGGUAGGGCUGGUAGAAGUAGAGCUGGUAAAUGCUAUAGACUAUAUACUGAAUUAACCUAUGAAAAACUAUUACCAGACCAAACUAUACCAGAGAUUCAACGUUCAAAUUUAACAAAUACAAUAUUACAAUUGAAAGCAUUGGGUAUUGAUAAUAUUUUAAAUUUCGAUUUCAUUUCACAACCACCAUCAAGUUCACUCAUAAGAGGUCUAGAAGUACUCUAUGGAUUGGGUGCGUUGGAUGAUAAUGGUAAGCUAACCAAUCCAACCGGUAUGAUAAUGGCAGAGUUCCCUACAGAUCCAACCUUUUCAAAAAUGAUAAUUCAAUCAUCUUCAAAUGGUUUCAAUUGUUCUGAUGAGUGUAUUACAAUCACUGCUAUGUUAAAUAUUCAAGGUUUAUUCACUAAUCAAAAUCAUAAAUCAAGAAAACAUCUAUUAGUUAAAGAAGGUGAUCAUUUAACUUUAUUAAAUAUUUUCAAUUCAUUUAUCAGUAAUCAAAGUUCACCACAAUGGUGUAAUCAACAUCAAAUCAAUUAUAAAGCUAUGCAAAGAGUAUUACAAGUUAGAAAACAACUAUUAGCUUAUGCAAAGAAAUAUUCAAUAAAUGUUAUAUCUUGUUUUGAUAGCAAUAACAAUAGAGAACAAUGCAGUAAUUUAAUUCGAAAGGCAAUUGUUUCAGGAUUCUUUACAAAUGCAGCUCAAUUACAACCAGAUGGUUCCUAUCAAACCAUUAGAGAAAAACAUAAACUUUGGUUACAUCCAACCUCUGUACUUUGUUUAUCAAAUUCACCACAAUGGGUCAUUUUUAAUGAAGUUACAAUUACAACAAAAGAAUAUAUGAAAGAUGUAACUUCAAUUGAACCAAAUUGGUUAUUUGAAAUUGCUCCACAUUAUUAUAAAUUUAAAAAAUAA